UGGCAGCUGCGGAGAACCAAUCAGCGGUCGAGUUUACGUCUCGUGGCCAAUAGUAAAUAUCCAGUACUUUGUACUCUAACUUUUCACUGAGGCCAGGAGCUCGAGCCGUCGGGGCUUGCACCUUACUUUUCCCACACGGAGCUCUGGAAAUCAUGCUUGCAAAGUACGAAAACAUCCUGGAUGCUGUGAAGUCUCUUAUUGCCGGUUUCUGGAUCACUUUAAGCGUCUUUUCCGUUGGUGUUCACGGCCAGGAGGGUAAUGGCUGUGGACAUACCCUGCUGGGCACAGAGUCGGGCACAUUGGCCUCUCAGAACUAUCCAGGCACCUACCCCAGUAACACCUGGUGUAAGUGGAGGCUUCGAGUGCCAGAAGGACGAACGCUGCGGCUGCUGUUUGGGGAUUUUGACAUUGAGAGCAGUCCGGGCUGCAAGAAUGGCUCUCUGGUGAUCACAGACAAGAGUGGAGAGCCCAGUCUGGGUCCAGUGUGUGGGAGGCUUGAUGCAUCACAGAAGAAUGUGACACUGAGAAGCAAUGAAGUGAUAAUAACCUUCAGGUCAGGCCCGCACCGCUCUGGACGAGGGUUUCUACUGUCCUACGCCACGGACCAGUAUCCAGAUCUCAUUUCUUGUUUACAACGAGGAUCUCAUUCCAGCUCGCCACUUUUGAGUGUUUACUGCCCUGCUGGAUGUAAGAAUGUCACAGGGGAUGUUUGGGGAAACUCUGAGCAGGGUUACAGAGAUACCUCAGUCCUGUGCAAGUCUGCGGUCCACGCUGGAGCUGCAUCUGAUAGUCUGGGAGGCCGAGUCACUGUGAACCGUGGGAGAAGUCUGACACUUUAUGAAUCAACCUUUUCCAAUGGAAUCCUAUCAAAAACGGGAUCAUUAUCUGAAAAGAAGCUGCUCUUCACCCAAGAAUGCAACAACAUCCUGAGUAUUACCGGGUUAAAUGCCUCAUCUUUCUGGGAUAAAAACAGUCAAGAGCACACAAUGUUCUGGUCCUCCAAAAACAUGGGUUCUAGCCAUAAGGUCCUACCCUGGGAAGCAAACAGCAACGAUGCAUCCCCGUGGAUGGAGCUGGGGCUGAGCGAUAAAAGCACUAUCACAGGAAUAAUAACAACAGGAUCAAACAACUACCACAUAGAGUCCUACAGCCUUUUUUUCAGCAAGGACAGGAAAACUUGGAAGCUUUACAAAGGAGCUCUCAGCAAAGAAAAAAGGGUGUUUGAGGCCUACACUGACGGCCACCUCAGGGUUCUCAACAGCUUUUUCCCUCCUGCGGUGGCUCGGUUUGUUCGGCUGCAGCCACUGAGCUGGCACGGUCGAGCUUCAGCUCAGGUACAGGUCCUCGGCUGUCCCGUUGCCAAGGUUACACCGAGGUCACAGCCACCCGCUGGUCCAACAGAAUCUCCAUCCAUCAAUACACCACAGCCCAGCAGCCCUCCUACCCCCACAGAUGUCCCCGUGUUAGUGGAGACCAGACUCAACACUUCCACUCCUGCAGGCUCCAGUCAGCCGGUCAUAGUGGCAGUGGGCGUGGUCCUGGGCCUGAUCAUGUGCGGCAGUUGUUUGUUGGCUGGAGUCUGGUGGAAGAGAAGGAAAAAAGAGUCACAAAUGAAGUACUCCUUACCCACAACAGGUUGUCAGAGUUUCCAGGCAAAGAGUCUCUCUGGUUCCCCAUCAGAGCUCAUCUCUUACCCUCUGGAGAGAAACGUCCAUGAUGCUCUACCCAACCCUCCUCUAAAUGACUAUGCAGAGCCUGCUGUUACAGCUAUUGGACAGAAGGUUGGUUCCACAUUCAGACCCACCUCAGAUGAAGGCUACACCACGCCCUUCGCCAUCAGCCACUAUGACACUCCUGUGAACCUGCCGGAGUACGCCGAGCCUCUUCCCCCGGAGCCGGAGUACGCCACGCCGUUCAGCGAUCAGCUCUCAGACUCCAACCUGCCGACUCUGACUGGGAUUGUUCACAGCAAUGCACACAGACAUGCUGGUGGCAGGAAAACAUCCAGCCACUCUCAGUACGACUGCCCGUCUCACAGGAUGCUGUCCAAUGGCUACUGCACGCCAGCUCUACAUAACAACGGCCCCCGGCCAGUCAGCGUGGUCUACGCUGAGCCCAAGUCAUGUGACUCUUUACUACAGAAGCACACAUAUGAGGAGCCUUUGUGAACAGUCAGCUCAGGCCCCGUUUACACGAGGACGCUCGCGGGUAAAAACGACUAAAUAUUUUAUCAGAAGUGCCUUUCGUUUAGACGGUGAAGGCGUUUUGGGGGCUUAAAGACGCAAAAAUCUGAAACCACCCUCCAAAGUGGAAAUCCACUCCUCCGUAGCGUGUCGUCUACACUGACAAGACACAAAACUCUGAUCUGAUCUGCUCACGUCACGUAUGUGUUUACGUCACAUACAUGCUCCAGGACAGGAAAUAAACAAACGUGGGAUUAUUUCCAUGGUGGGACCUUCAAGCUGCUCUGGCAGCUCUAAUAAACUUACAGGAGUCUUUCCACCAAAUGUCCAGGAUAUGUACAGAUAGUAUUAGUGAACAGAGAAGGAUCUGGAAUUACCUCCAUCACAUUCUGGAUGCAGCGAUUGGUGGGAGGAGCCAGACAGCUGUGAACGAGACCUGGGAGAUCUAGUGAUGGUGGAGAACUUUGUGGAAGGAGUAGCUGAUGAAAAUGUGUGGCGUGAAAACUUCUGCAUGCCCAAAGAUGCUCUUAUGGCUUUAAGUGAUGCCGCCUGGCUGCAUACAAUCACAUUUCACACACUUUUGCGUCACCGUAUGCAGCAGAUUUCCUCCUGAAAACGCUCGUCUAAACGAGGAAUAAAAAGUGAAGACGCGACGCCACUUUUGCGUCUUCUGUUCAGACCGUCCUCGUGUAAACGUAGCCUCAGACAUGGGGAAAAAUACUCCUGAAAUAAACUGUGUUGGGAGGACACUAAGCUGGACGGAGUUGUCCACAGAGUACUAAUGUGACAGCUGAACUUCCUGAGAAGUCACUUUGGACAAGAUGCGUAAACGAGGGUUCACUCAGAGUGCACAAUGAUCUGAGCCAUACGCACACAAGUAUUUCCUUUCAGGAAGUAUGUCGUUGUACAGUGGAUGUAUCCUGUGAUGCACAAAGAAAAUACAGGUUCAGUCGUCUCUCUUAGAGAUACUGUUUAUUGAAAUGUUUAAUCACAAGCUGCACUUUCAGAAAACACAUACAGUGAUGUACAGUACAGGCCAAAAGUUUGGACACACACCUUCUCAUUCAAUGCGUUUUCUUUAUUUUCAUGACUAUUUACAUUGUAGAUUCUCACUGAAGGCAUCAAAACUAUGAAUGAACACAUAUGGAAUUAUGUUCUUAACAAAAAAAGUGUGAAAUAACUGAAAACAUGUCUUGUAUUUUAGAUUCCUCAAAGUAACCACCCUUUGCUUACUAGAAUAUAAGACGUGUUUUCAGUUAUUUCACACUUUUUUUUGUUAAGAACAUAAUUCCACAUGUGUUCAUUAAUAGCUUUGAUGAAUCUACAAUGUAAAUAGUCAUGAAAAUAAAGGAAACGUAUUGAAUGAGAAGGUGUGUCCAAACUUUUGGCCUGUACUGUAUGCUUAAGUGUAUUUAACAGGUUAAUGCAACAAAAAAAAGGAUUGAAUAUGUUACUUGUCCUCACAAAACAUUGUAUUCACAGCGAAUAAUAUUUUGUUUAAAAAGAAAAAAACAUUUAAAAAGCACUAUAAA